GAGGAGGCGAAAUACUGCAAGACGAUCGACGAGAAGGUGCCGAAGCUCUCCAUGCUCCUGCAGCAGUGGAAGCACGCGCGGCCGGUGCUGCUCACCCAGGUCGCGGGCCGCUUGGAGCGCCGCCUCGCGGCUCCAGAGGACGAUCUUGCGCAGGAGAUGACGCACGACCUGGAGAUGAACUUCAACAAGAUUGCGCCCUUCGGCAAGGAGGACACCGCCAAGGAGCUGCAGGACCACGCGGCCAAGACGCAGGACACGCUCGUGGACGCGGUGGAGAACGCCGAGGUGGCCGAAAUCAAGCGCGCCGUCUUCCGCGCGCUCACGCGGCUGCGCGCAGCCACCAUCAAGGAGUUUGACACCAUCGCCCGCCUGGAGACCCAGGCCAUCGACGCGUACAACGACGCCCACCAUUACCGUGCGGAGAACCCGCUGGCGCACUUGCACGAGGACGAGGCGCCGGUGGAGACGGACAAGCUGAAGUCCUUCCACUGAGAAGGGGGGGGUCCUCCGCGCGCGGUCGGCGGAAGGCAGCCAGGUCCGAGGUCCGAGGAAGGUCUCCGCGGUGCUCAUCACCACAUCGUGCGCCUGAUGCGCAGAAGCUUGCCCCGUCCACGCACGGCCCUCGUGUGCACCGUCGCCGCGUGCUGGGGGGUCGCAGCGGUGUGCAGUCCACACAUCAGGGGGGGGUGGGCUGGGGGGUCGGGUGUUCCUAUUGGCGGCUGGUCGAUGAUAUCGGUGUCAGCGGCCAGCCGACAUCAGUGACAGCUGGAUGCACCCCAUUGCGAGCGCGUAGACUCAGAGCAAAC